GCUGUUUCAUGAGUACUGAGCCUGAGCCGGGUGGGCACGGCGCGUCGACAGCGAAGUUGGCUGGAUUCUUGAUUCUGAAUCAGGCCCGUCGGACUGACUGGUUAGUUCGGUACCCUGAUCCGACCAGGCUCCCGGAUUCCACGCUUCUCUUCAUGUUGUGUUGUUGUGUAGUAUCGCAACUGUGUUUGGGCAAUAGAUGUAUUACGGUGCGGGAACUGCGCCGUACAUAACCUAACUUAUUCCUUUGUGUUCCUGGGCGGCCAACGACUAGUUUUCUCAUCGUGACAAUACUUCUGAACUGGAAAGCGCAUUUACAAUUAGCCUUCGAUUUGCAGUGCAUUCUGUCCUCCGGUAACCGGUAACGAUGGAGUGCGAAGUCUGCCUUGAAAACUUAGACGUGCAGGAAAGGAGGCCCAAGUUUCUACCGUGCGGUCACACUGUCUGUCAACGCUGCAUCCAUCGUCUUCGAGAUCGGCUCUGUCCUCAAUGUCGUAAGGCGCUGCCGAGAGAUCUCUCCACCCUCCCUGACAACUACUAUGUCCUGAGCCAACUUCAGCAAUCAGCUCAUAAGUCUUCACGACGCAGGUGGUGGUGCGUGAACUGCAGUCGGGUGGCGUCUCGGUCCUGCGAGGAGUCUCACACCAUCCAGAACCUGCGGGCGGCGUUCCGCAACCUAGUGAAGAACGUCAUGCCUACAGCAACUGUGAAGCUGACUGACGUGUGUCCGGAGGAGUGCAAUGAGGAGCAAAUUCUCAGUGCACUAAACGUGGUGGGGGAGAUGUCGGCGGCGGGGAGCUCUUGGCGUGUGACUGUGGAGUCCAAAGGGGCUGGAACUAGUUAUUCAGUCAGUUGGGAAUCAUCCAACGAUGACCAUAGUAUCCUAAAAGCCCUGCUCCUCGUUCAGUCCGUCAGGGGGCGUAUAAAAAUGAUUAACGAGGAAAAGGAAGCGGAAAAACCGGUCGUAGCACCAACCAAAAUAUUUCAAAGAGUAGACCUCAAACUAAACACUCUUUCGGCUCCAUCCCAAAGAUUGGAGAACAAGUCUCAUUGGUUGGCGAAUAUCAAAGCUCAAGGGGUGCGGCGGCUCAGCCACGUAUACUGCCACGUGGACCCCGGUUGGACGCUGGAAGUUCUCCUGGCUGCUUCGCCGACGGUGGAGAACAUGCAGCUGCUGCAGCCCCAUGCUGUCCACCUGUACGCGGCGCUCGACGCGUCGCACCUCAAGCGCCUCACGGUGGUCAACGAGGCCGAGAACGACUACCUGUACGACAAUCCUCCCUUUUUCGAUGUGUUCUCCCUGGGCUGCAACACCUUGGAGAUGCUCACCGUCAAAGGGAGCUGCGGCCUGCCACGCGACGCACUCGUCGCGAUCCUGCGCCUGCACAGCGCCUCCCUCCAGGAGCUGUACCUGGACGUGGGGACCUCGAGGAACGGGCCGGGGAACGCGGGGCCGGUGCUGCUGCAGGACUGGCCCAGGAAGUGCGCCAUCCUGCACGAGAUGCUCGAGGACUGCCAUCUGACGGCGCUGAAGAAGCUCGUGCUCCUCAGGACCGUGGACGACAUGGCCGUGGACCACAGCAAGCCACACUGCAAGAAACAGCUGGACAAGCUGAGGGCAGCACUGCCCAGAGUGGAAGUGCUGUGUGACUCGGUGCUGUGCGGUGAAGACAACUAGAACGUAGUGCGUGGUGAUAAACAAAAUAAAGAGACUGUCAUAGGAAUUCAACCACAAAUUUUCUUUCAAGCACCUCGCAAACGACGCUCUUAGGCAGGUCGGGCUCGAGGUCGGGGUUCUCGGUUGUGGCACGUGAAGCCUCAGAGCC